AUUGUAAAUGAACGGAAACAUAACCUAACAUCCUAUCUAACUGCAUUAUACUAGAUAGAAAACUAGACUCAUAUAUUAUUAUGAGAUUACGGAACUAAAAAUGGCGUGGUCUGACUUGAUAAGUUCUAUUACCAAGACAGGAAAAUAAAAAAAAAUUGUUAUUAUUUUUUUGGUUACAUAAAGUCUUAAAGUUGCAAUAAUUUGAAUAAAAAACUUGACAUUUACAAGAAAGGAGCAAGGUUAUGCUACGCAUAUUGGAGUCAGCAAUAAUAAAAUUAAACAUUACUGUAAUUGCCAUAUUAACAGUGUAAUAAUAAUUCUUGUCAUAAUGCAUGAAUUUUUGCUGGCUGCAUUUUCUGUAAUCUCCAGUUUGAUAAUUGUUUUUGUCCUCGUAUUGUUGGGUGAGAAUCAACAAAUCCAACUUUUAUACUAGCUGGUAUCUUGUUUGGAAAUUCUUCCUCUCACGAUUUCGAUUUGUACGUGAACUCCUGGGUGGUAUGAGCGAGUCAUCAUCAGUAAAUGAUUUAAAAAGUGGCAGAUCCCGUAUGAAGAAACUCAGACGAGAUUAAUUGAAUUUAAAUAUAUAAAAAAAUCUAAAUUUAAUUGAUAAAUUAAUUUAUCUAAUUAUAAAUACAUAUUUUGGAUAUUGGAUAAUUAAAUUUUGCUUGGCAACUAUUAACUGUAAAAUCUAAUCUUAUAUUGUAAUUAACGUAAAUAUUAAUUGAAAUAAGCCCAUAAAAAUAAAUAAUAAUAAUAGAUAAAAAUGGCAAUUAACAUACGCUGUGCAAAUACAAAUGAUCUUCUCAACAUUCAACACUGCAAUCUUCAAUGUCUGCCAGAGAAUUAUCAGAUGAAGUAUUACCUGUAUCACGCAUUAUCUUGGCCACAGUUGAGUUACGUAGCAGAGGAUGAGAAAGGUCGUAUAGUUGGUUACGUACUGGCAAAAAUGGAAGAAGAUUGUGAAGAUAAUCCUCAUGGACAUAUCACAAGCCUUGCUGUUAAAAGAUCCCACCGAAGACUUGGAAUUGCACAGAAGCUAAUGAAUCAAGCGUCAAGAGCAAUGGUUGAGUGUUUUGAAGCUAAUUACGUGUCAUUACACGUAAGACGCAGCAAUAGAGCUGCUUUAAAUCUUUACACCAGUAGUCUGCAAUUCGAAGUCUCUGAGAUAGAACCUAAAUAUUAUGCUGAUGGUGAGGAUGCCUAUGCAAUGAAACGUGAUCUCAGUAGUUUUCAUCUAGAAAAACAUAUUGCUAAAGAAAACAUGAUUAAAGAAGCUAAUGCUGCACACACUCAUAUACCACGGUGCUGUGAACAUUAAUAAUUUUUUUUUUUUUUUUUUAAUUAAAGAACUCAUGG